UCUCAGCAGACACACACACUCACACACACGCUAUCGAAGUGCCACACGGGGGUAUAAUCUGCUAAACUCCGCCCCGGCAGCUCCUCCAGCUGAUGGCCUGCCUGCGUGUUGCAUGUUUAGGAUUGUUGUGAUGGGAGGCCGCAGCCAUCUUGGAGCAGAGGACGGACGUUAACGGCGGAGCCACUCGGCUAACGUUAGCCGCUCGGCCAGAUUAACCGCUCCGUGUUACCGUGCGGCGCGACUAUGCUUUAUUUACGCAGUUUCUCUUCGUUCGCUGUCGGUUUAAUGGAAUGAAAAUGGGUACGAAUUGUGUUAAGGGUUUAGUGAUAUAGUCCCGGAGAGGGCGGCGGCGACGACGGUCCAGUUCCUCGGUAUAUUUGUUAAAUUUCUUGGAUAGAGGAGUUACUAUGAAUGGAGGAUAAAUGUUGCCGAAGGCUGACAGCAGCACUUUCGUCCUCUUCUCUCUUCUCUUCGUCCUCACGUUAACGGACCCACCACGGACAGGUCCGCGGCUAGCUCUGGCAAGAUUAUUGUCAGAGCAGCGCUGCAGCCCUGGGCAGUUCGCCUGCCGCAGUGGGAAGAUGCAGUGUAUCCCAAUGUCCUGGCAGUGUGACGGCUGGACAGCGUGUGAGGACAAGAGCGACGAGAUGGACUGUCCCCCUAUAAAGGAGGAGAGGUUUCGUUUCGGGAAUGGAUAUGACCAGGUAGAAGACGUCAUCGGCGUGGCUCAGCCUGUGCGCUUCAACAAGAAAUGCCCCAGCGGGUGGCACCACUACGAGAAGACAGCGAGCUGCUACAAAGUCUACCUGAGGAACGAGAACUACUGGCAGGCUGUUGAUACGUGUCAGAAAGUCAACGGCUCGCUGGCGACGUUUGUGACCAACGAGGAGCUGCAGUUCAUUCUGAAGAUCGAGGUGGAUUUUGAUGACAAAGUGUGUGAGCGCAGAGACCAGUGCAAGUUUUGGGUGGGCUACCAGUAUGUGAUCACCAAUCAGAACCACUCCUUGGAGGGCCGCUGGGAAGUCGCAUACAAAGGCUCCAUGCAGGUGUUUUUGCCACCUGAGGGUCUGAAGGAUUUCGGGGAGGCAUCUCCCACCCAGGACAACGUCUUCUGUGCCCAGCUGCAGCGCUUUCAGAUCAAAAGCAUGAAUGAGCGAGGCCUGCACAGCUGGCAUGCUGAGAACUGUUACAAGAAGUUCCCUUUCCUGUGCAAGAGGAGUACGGACUCAUUUUAUAUCCUGAAUCAGAAAUGUUCAGGCAGCUGUUUGUUUUCUUGGAGUCGUCUUCAUUUUGGUUACUUUCCCCCCACAGGGCAAACAUGUGUUGACAUAAAAGACAAUGUUGUAAACGAGGGCUACUACUUCACACCGAAGGGAGACGACCCGUGUUUGAGCUGCACGUGUCACGACGGCGAGCCUGAGAUGUGCGUCGCUGCGUUGUGCGAGCGGCCGCAGGGCUGCCAGCACUUCCGCAAAGAUCCCAAAGAGUGCUGCAAGUUCACCUGCCUGGAUCCAGACGGAAACAGUUUGUUUGACUCGAUGGCCAGCGGGAUGCGACUGAUCGUCAGCUGCAUCUCGUCCUUCCUCAUCCUCUCUCUGUUGCUCUUCAUGGUGCACAGACUCCGGCAGAGAAGACGUGAACGCAUCGAGACGCUGAUCGGAGGAAACUUGCACCACUUCAACCUUGGAAGACGAGUCCCGGGCUUUGACUACGGUCCAGAUGCCUUUGGCACCGGCCUCACUCCUCUGCAUCUGUCUGAUGAUGGAGAAGGAGGCGCGUUUCAUUUCCAAGAGCCUCCUCCGCCGUACGCAGCCUACAAAUACCCCGACAUCCAGCACCCCGAUGACCCCCCACCUCCGUAUGAAGCCUCCAUCAACCCAGACAGCCUCCUCUACGUGGACCUCGGACACGGCGGGGUUUCUAUGGUGCCGAGCCAGAUGAACGCCAUGGGAGACGGGCUCCAGGCAGAUAUUCCCAACGCCUCAGGUCCGGUGCCAGACUCGACGCCGUCCUCUCAGGAGAGGGAGGACUCCAUAGAUAGCAGCACGCUCCUGGUGGGGCCCGACACGCCGACAGAUGGCCACGCCCCCACCGCCAUGCCCGCGGACUGCACCUCCUCCCUCAGCACCGUGGUAUAGGACUGUGGGCCGACGGCACCCGGAUAUCACCCGCUGGUUGAGGAAGGUCAUGAGUUUGUUCUGCACCGGGAGAGGAUGCAGCAGACUGUUGGCGAAAACGCUGACUGCAGAGAGGACACCAAGUUUGUACAGACAUAUCAGGAGGUAGAGCAGCCUGUUUUUUUUUUCCAUUUGUUUUGAUGCUCUUUUCUCUUUGAAGACUCUUCUGCAGCUUUUUCUUCUACGGUUGUUUUUUUUAAGACACUGAGGGAGCAGAGAGGACCGUUUCUGUACAAAGAGACAAACAUUACAUUCAGAGCUGCACUUGGACUUUUAGCAUUAACUGAGCAAAGCUUUUUGAAACAUCUCAAAAUUGGCCUGAAUGGUCGAGAGGCCCUGGUGUAAAUACUCCCUCAGGUCUGUGCCCGUCUAAUACUUGUGCGUCAGCGCUGCACAAAGCAAAUAAUGACAGACAGACAGCGAUGCCAGCUUUUGUUCCUCGUGCGGUUUUUGUUUGCAUCAUACUUUAAAACGGACGUGUGCGUAUCGAUCUGUCGGUCUCCAAGCUACAAUAACAUCCACAUUUCUAUCUGCUCAUAAAACCCUUCUAUCCCCCCUCACUUUUAUUAGUCUGAUACGAGAAGCUGUCUUCCAGGUUUAUAGCACAUAUUUCCAGCGAGAGAUGUUUUGUAGUUCAGAGAUUAGUCCAUGUAAGAGGGUACGGUUAGUUUCCUGCUAUGGAGUUUUUAUCAGGUAAUGCCGACAACAAGGCGUUACGCAUCAAAGAAUGUUGUGAUACUGAUAAAUAUGAUUUGUGUUCUUUCUUGAUAAUAAUUUAUGACUGCAGGUUGUAAUCUUGAUUGUUAAAUUGUGGGAUAGAUGUAGGCGGGUUUCUCUACCAAUCGAUGAAGACUUUUCAAGUGUAUAUGUGAAGAUUAGGGAUGAUAUCCCGUCAUUAAAUUUGAAAAACUCGAUUUAUUUAAAGUAACUGUUCCAUAAUCAUGCAAAUUCUUGUUACUUUAUCAUCAGCUCUUCGCAGGAUAGUUGUGUAUUUGCUAACUGAACUGUUUCAUCCUUCAAUUUAAUAUUUUUUUGUUUUGCUUUAAGGAAAGAAAUUGUCACAUUUGGAUGCUGCCCCUCCAUCCCUGAAGUGUUUGUGUCUUUCUUAAUGCAGGUUGUUUUCAGCUACUGAGGGAGAUAAUGUCACCGACUGUAGCUGUGAGUCUUUUUCUUGUUUUGGUGUUGAUGGGUCUGUUAGCGUUCUUGUUUCUCAGUGGGAUUUAAAGACAAAACAGUAAUAAAACAAACUGUCUAUUUGGAACGAGUCAGAACCCUGUUAUGAUGACAAUCGUCGACCCACCGCCACCAGCAUCCAAAACCGCUUACGAUCUGCCUCGAAAAACAGCUAUAAACAUGUGUCCGACCGUGCACAUCUGUGUAUCUCAUUUUUGAAUGUACUGUAUGUAUGUAUAAUUUUUUGUGCUUAUCUUUAAGCUUAUUUCCCCCCUUUUUUAAUUUUUGUUUUCUUUUUUUCUCGCAUUGACAAUCCACAGUGGAUUAUCUAACAAACAGAAUCAUGUUGUCAUAAAUUGUGGAUAAAAGUAAAGUGCAUGUGUGUUUAGGAGAUGGUGUACUGGUUUGGAUUUUUUCUUUUUUUUUUCCAUCAAGUUUGGUUUUUAUUUUUCAACCUGCUUUUUGGACCUUUGGUGCAUGUUUUUUUUUUUUUUUUUUUUUUUUUUAAUCUUUUGGCAUGCUGAGAGAGUUUUCUUUCGAUGGAAACAUUUUUAGCUCAACAGUGUGUCCUGUACAGUAGCUUCAAUGACUCCUGCAUAUAGUUUAAUAUCUCCAUUUAAAACUCGACCCAAACGGCUGCAUUUACGCUGUAGUUUCUGUGCUCGACUCUAUGGUGGCGUGAGAACUAAUUCUUUUUUGUGGGGGGCGGUUUUGAAAUGUUUUGUGUGUAAUACAACAAAUUCUACAUUUCAUUUUCUUUUAUUUCAUAUCCUUUCAAUUUAAAAAAGAAAAAAAAAACUGCUUCAUUUUCAGGCGCGCUUGUUUUCUGAGGUAGAUGUACAUCUAAUCAAAUGCCAAAUAAAAUGCACCAUGAAGGACGA